GCCGGAUCGUUUCUUUGUGCCCGAAUCCGCUAACUCCGCCCUUCAAGUGACAACAGCCUAGUGUUGCUAUUGGUAUUGUAUGGUGUAGUGCGGUAUUGCUUAUUGCCCAUUGCUCCAGAAGUUGGGUAACUUUGCGCGUUAGUUUGGCAUUGAUGACCCGGUGCCUGUGUUUUCAGUUGAUGCCUCAAAUUCACGCUCGAAAGUAUAUAGGCCACCCUUUUGCUCCUCGUUCUCCUCCUCUGACAUCUCAGUCUCAUUCAUAACAAUUCAAGCCAUCCCAUUCCAUCUUAUCUACAACACACAUCAAUCGACAACAAUGGCUUCCGUCAACCAAUCAGCUCAGACCCUCAAGUCUCUUCACAAGCCCGGUUCUCCUCUCGUGCUCUCCAACAUCUGGGACCUCUCAUCUCUCAAUGCCAUUGUCUCUCUGAACUCAGGAGCCUCCAAGCCCGUCAAGGCAUUGGCAACAGCAUCAUGGGCCAUCGCUGCCAGUCUUGGCAUUCAAGAUGAAGAACUCACCAUGGUGCAAAACCUCGAAGCUAUCUCUCGAAUUGCCCCCCUUGCAGAGCAGGCAGGCCUUCCUCUUUCCGUCGAUCUCCAGGACGGUUAUGGAGAUCUUAUCACAGCUGUCGUCACCGCUGCCGUAGAAUACGGCGCUGCUGGAGCCAACCUUGAAGAUAGCAUCCCUUCCGCUGGUUUCAGUAAGGGUAUUUCUGGCUCCCUCUACAAGCUUGAGGACCAAGUUGCCCGGCUCAAGCGUGCUUUCGAUGCCGCCAAAGACGCCGGCGCCCCCGAUUUUGUCAUCAACGCUCGAUCUGACAUCUUCCGCCUGGAAUCUCCCGACCUGAGCCUCGAAGCUCGGGUAGCUGAGGCUAUCAAGCGUGGCAAGGCAUAUCUUGCGGCUGGUGCCACGACAGUUUUCUUCUUCGGUGGUCCAAAUGGCUUGUCUAGCGAAACCAUCAAGACACUUGUCAAGGAGUUGGAUGGAAAGGUCGCCGUCAUGUUGUCUGGACAACCUGGCUCUCUCACCACAGCUGAUCUGGCCAGCAUUGGUGUUUCGAGAAUCAGCGUUGGACCCAGCCUAUACAUUGCUGCGAUGAACGCGGCCAAGGCAAAGGCACUGCAAAUGUUUUCCGGUGGCGGAUUGGCAUAAAUUGUAUAUUGUAAAUAUAACAUGAAUCAGCUCGGAUGAGUAAUUUAGACAUUGGAUGGAUCAAUUGUGUUUUUACAGAUUGAUAGCAUUAUAACGGAAACAAAAAAUUACAUACUGUAUAAACUCAACCUCUAUUAUGUACUGCG